UCUAUUCAAAGGAUAUUAUAUAAGAUUUACCGCCACGUAUGGUGCAUGGUUAGUGUCGAAAUGACUACGUACAGUCAACCUGGUGGAAAGCGGCAGAAGGUGAAGGAGAGAGCUGAUGCAGGAGACUAUUUUCAGGGAAUAGAAAAGAUCGAGUACAAUAAUGCUGCGUCUGCGACCGAUACAUUGAAUUAUCGGUACUACAACGCAACGGAGCGCGUGCACGCUAAGACAAUGGAGGAUUGGCUGAAAUACAGCCUAUCACUCACUGAAUUCAGGAAUGCCAGUGCCGAAUACCCGAAAAUCAGCAACCAUCGACCCUGGGAUGACAAUUCUCAUUCCAUGGACAACUACAAGCGAUGCAUAAGAGCCUUCUUCGAUCUUUGUGCGAAACUCGGUAUCAAAUACUGGACAGCUUUGGAUUCCGAUUUGCUACCGAUAACGGACAGUUGGGACGAGAAUAAAACCAACUGGGAUGAUAUUGUGGAAUAUGUUCACGAGUUGAGCCAGAGAUACCAUGUUAAGUUGCUCUGGUUGGCGCCUGAUCUGCAGAUGCAUCCACGUUACACAACGGGAGCAAUCACAAACAACGACGCCAAUGUGUUCGCACAAUCCGCGUCGCAGAUUAAAAAAUGCCUCGAAGUAACACAUCGUUUAAAUGGCGAAUGUUUCAUGAUAUGGCCACACCGAGAGGGCUACGACGCAAUAUUCCAAUCCGAUGUUGCCAGAGAAUUGAAGUUAUUUGUGAAAUUACUUAAAAUAACUGCAGAAUAUAAGGACCGUUUGAAUUCCAAAAUACAAUUGUUGAUAAUGCCAUAUUGUGAGAGAAAAUUGAAAGAAAUGAUUAAUUAUUAUAUGUGGGAUAUUACAAGUUGUUUGUACUUCUUGAAGAACUACGGCUUGGAUCGGCAGUACAAAGUUUGUUCUCCGCCAGGACACCACAUGUAUAUGGCCAAUGUAUACAAUAUGCUGGGCGGCGUGUCAGUGUCAAAGCAGUUCGAUUUGUCAAAUAAUAAGAAUGUCACGCUGAUGAUGAAAAGUAUCAUUGAUCAGAAUUGCAUCCCACCGGGCGGUAUCAACUUAAAGGUAUCGGUACCACGCGAUACAGAAUUACGAGACUUGGUUGUUUGUUACGUUAAAUACAUUGAUAGCAUCGCCAAGGGAUUGCGAAUUGCAGCCAAUAUUGUCGCUGAACAGAUAUUUUCGAAACAUGUUCAGCAACGCUACAUUACCUACUAUAGUGGUUUUGGGUCUCGUGUUAUCAGCAGUGACGUCACUAUGGAGGAGUGCGAGGAGUAUUACAAAAAAAAUCAGCUCCACGAAGCGGCAAGCACGAAGCGCGAACAUUUUGACUUUGUCUUCCAGAGAUACUUGGACACUUGCGAUCAUAUUUGACAACUUUUUGACAUCGAUUGUUGUAAACUUGAGUAAUCAUUUCUCACUUCAAAACAAGUUCAUUCAUAUAAGCCUGCCUAAGAAAAUAAAUCAGUGUUGCCAUUCUAUAGUCAACAAUAAAAUAAAAAACAGUUUUGACGAUGCUUAAAAAAAAAUAUUUAACUAUUGUUAAAUAAAAAUGGUGUAUAGUAAUUUGACGUUUUGGUUAUAUUGCCCAAUUAAUGUCAGAUCCAAAUCAAAAAUAUUCCUUAAAUUUGAGUUUCGUGGCUAUGUGAGACAGAAGAAAAAAUAGACAGUUGAUUAAGUUACACAAUCGAUUGUCAAAAUCAAAUAUUAUUUUAUAAGUAUGUUAACCCAAAAAAAUUAAAAAAUGCCUCUAAUUGUACCUUAACGACAACACCGGGGAGUGUACGUUUAUCUAGUUGUAGUAAUUUUUAAUAUAUAUUCACCAUAUUUAAAGUAAAAUAAGUCGCAGUAAAGCUCCGCACUCUAACAUAGGAUAUUUAAAAUACUUGGCCAUUGCAAGAAAAAGCGACAAGGAUCUUUUGAAACUUAAAAAAGGUUGUUUAUCCACUCGUUUGAUUCAUUUGUCUUAGGUUAAAUUUCUUAGUACCAACUCUUUUCGAAAGUUGGCGAUCAUCAUGGCUACUUUAAUUGCCGCGAUUCUGAACAAUGACUUGAUGCUUUGAUCAAACCAUUGGCGAAGAUCAAACAAGACGUGUGUCAGCACCCAGGUCUUCUACCUUGCACUAUAUUUUUUUAGGCUAGUUUUUUUUGUUCAAUUUGCAGGACAUUAAAAACUCGGUAUGGAAAACCAGACGAGUAUCCUAGAUCUAUUCAAGAUCCUUUUAGGUUUUUUUACUAACAUCAAUACCGUGAUCUCAAUGUUGCCAUAAUAAAAAACUAAUUUUAGUUUUAUUGUUUUAAUAUUUUUUUGUUUUUUAUUCACAAUUAUUACAUGAGUGUACGUACACCGUUGUUGUGCUUAACACGACUUAGUUGUAAUGUAUCAAUUAUAUUAUAUUAAUUAUACAUUGAUUUACAAAUUCAUUUUGAUAGCCAUAGACAAUGUAUUGAGAUAUGUCAAAUUUUGACGAGCGUUUGACAGCUAGUAUUGAAAAGUUCUAUAGAAUUAACUAUUGUCCAAUAUUUACGUGAUUUAAUGUUACAAAGAUCAUUUCUAUAAAAAAAACAGGAUUUUUUGAUAGUUGGUUCAAAAAGCAAGGUAUUUUAUUUUAUAUUUUAAUGUUUGCUUUUGUUUUGCAUUCAUUUAUACCAAAAGUAUAGAAAACGCUGCGUCAAAAUUGCCAACAACUAAAUUUUCUAAUAUUUCAUACUCUUACUUUGCACAAUACCAAAAGGCUAAAUCUUUUAAAUAAUACUCAAUACAUUGUCAAUGGCUCCUACAAUACAAGACGACGAUGAUUUUUAAUGUUAUUCAAUCAAUUACAUUAGACGUUGAUCAAUCGCACUUUUAAUUGAUAACUAAGUGCGAACAAACAUCGGAAUCUGUCAAAAAUACCACAUGUCAUAUGACACUUAGUUGGUACAUUGACGUGUUCUGAAUUUCGGCCUAACUUUGACCUUAGAUCGUAGUUUUGACGUUGACAAGGAAUGUCGUGUCAUAAAAUGUACGCAGAUUUCAUUUCAACGUAUUUCUUUUUACUUCUUUCAAAAUUAUGAAUAAAAUCAUGAUUUAUA